AUGGAUGCUACUAUUUACGAGAUCAUUUUUGGGGAGCUCGGGGACGUGAAUUGUAGUUUGGUGGAGGCUUUCCAGGACACUUUUUUGGAAAACGCGUCAGUGGCGUUGCUGAGCGCUGAUGGUUUAUAUUGCAAUGCCACCACCGAUGAGAUUGGAACCUGCUGGCCGCGGAGCAGCAGCGGCAGGAUGGUGGAGAGACCCUGCCCGGAGUACAUCAAUGGGGUGAAGUACAACACAACCAGGAGCGCGUACAGGGAAUGCAUGGACAACGGGACAUGGGCGCUGAAGAGCAAUUACUCCAAUUGUGAGCCCAUUCUGGAGGAGAAGAGGAAGUAUCCAAUGCAUUAUAAAAUAGCGCUGAUCAUCAACUACCUAGGCCACUGUAUCUCCGUGGGAGCUCUCGUCGUGGCCUUCAUUCUCUUCUUGUGCUUAAGGAGCAUACGAUGCCUACGAAACAUCAUCCACUGGAACCUGAUCACCACCUUCAUUCUGAGGAACGUCAUGUGGUUUCUGCUUCAGCUGAUUGACCACAACAUCCAUGAGAGCAACGAGCCGUGGUGUCGACUGAUUACGACAAUAUACAACUACUUUGUGGUGACGAACUUCUUCUGGAUGUUUGUUGAAGGAUGCUACCUCCACACGGCCAUCGUAAUGACCUAUUCAACCGACAAGCUGAGAAAGUGGGUCUUCCUCUUCAUCGGCUGGUGUGAGUAUGUACGAGCUAACUGGAAAGCCGUGAAAGCGACGCUCGUCCUGCUGCCUCUGCUGGGCAUCACCUACAUGCUCUUCUUCGUGAAUCCGGGGGAAGACGACAUCUCGCAAAUUGUCUUCAUCUAUUUCAACUCCUUUCUACAGUCUUUUCAGGGGUUCUUUGUGUCGGUGUUUUACUGCUUCCUAAACGGAGAGGUGCGCUCGGCCGUGAGGAAACGGUGGCACCGCUGGCAGGACAACCACGCCCUUCGGGUACGAGUGGCGCGAGCCAUGUCCAUCCCCACGUCUCCGACCAGGAUCAGCUUUCACAGCAUCAAACAGACCACAGCUGUGUGA